AUGGGGAUCUUGUUUUGGUUUGUGAUCCCGACGCGGAGCAUCAACUUUGACGCGAACAAACAGAAGAGGGAGCUCAUUGCUCAGCUGGAGUCUAAAAACAGAGAGAUCUUGGCAGAGAUCAAACGUCUCCGUGCAGAGCAUGACGCAGUGUGCCAGCCCAGCCCGGAGAAGGGCAGCACCAACCCGACUCUGCUGGCCGAGCUCCGUCUGCUCAGACAGAGGAAAGACGAACUGGAGCAGAGGAUGUCGUCGCUGCAGGAGAGCAGGAGGGAGCUGAUGGUGCAGCUGGAAGGACUGAUGAAGCUGCUCAAGGAUGAGGAACAGCGACAGGCAGUAAGUUCAUACCCUUUUUUGGGAAACACUGAAACUGUGGGAUUCAGUCCUUAUUAGUCACCUGAAAUAUCACAUGCAAUUAAAAAGUUGCAAAAACAGGCCUGUACAUGAUUAAAAUGUGGCUGA